AUGGACUCGAAACUAGAAACCAUAAGUUUCCCCCAUCUGCCUGCAUCGCUGCCAAUUCACGUGGCUUUAUUUCGCAAUGUUCAGAACUCGGCCUUCUUGCGACAGCAGUUGCUUGCGGGUAACGCCGACUUUGAAUAUGCCAUGAUCGAUGCAAGCCUGGUUUUCUCAAGGGCACAUGCAAUGGCGGCUGUUUUCCGGGCAAUGAAUGAUUACCUGAACAGUCGGCUGAAGUCGCACAAUGUGCAUUCAGAGAUAGUGUUAUCUUUUAACCCAACAAACAACAUCGCCGAGUCGUUCCGCAAGCUCGGCAUUUCCGAUUCCACGAAAGACCUGUUGAUCAUUAAAGUGUCUGUGUCUCCGGACAUAACGCACGACUCUGUUGCUACGCACUUAGCAAGCUCCGUGGAAGGUGUUCCGAUGUCUUUUGAUGACUCGACAUUGUCGGAAAUUCACGAUAUCAACAAAAUCAAGAAGCUCUAUAAGCUCGGUGCGUUACCCUCACCAGCAGUCAAGGCUGACCCCAGCCAGCCUAUGCUCGGCGCAGCAAAGGAUCGAUUGGAGAGUUCUUUAAUUGGAGCCAUUGCCUUGAGAGGGUCGUGA